CAGUUUAAAAUUUUAAUCACGGGGAACCCAUAGUCUAAGUUGUAUUCAGGUACUUUUUUACAGUAGCUAUUCAAAUUUUAAACUUGUAAUAAAUUCAAUAGCGAAUUCCACAUCAGUAAUGGACAGAUUGAUCGGAAAAGUUGCAAUUGUGACAGGAUCGACCCAAGGGAUCGGAUUCGCUAUUGCUAAAAGACUUGCCGCUGAAGGAGCCAAAGUAGUGGUUAGUAGUAGACAAGAAGUCAAUGUAAAGGAAGCAGUAGCAAAACUGAAAAAUUUAGGAUAUCAAAAUAUAAUUGGCAUCGUAUGCCACGUUGCUAAACCAGAAGAUCGUAAGAGAUUAUACGAAGAGACGUUAAAUAAAUUUGGAGGCAUAGAUAUAUUAAUUUGCAAUGCAGCUGUAAACCCUCAUGUAGGAUUCACCGCUGAUUGUCCGGAAGAUAAAUGGGAUAAAAUAUUCGAUGUAAACGUCAAAAGUACAUUUCUCCUAAUUAAAGAAGUGCUACCCCAUUUAAAGAAAAGAAACGGUGGGUCAAUUGUCAAUGUUUCAUCAGUAGUUGGGCUGAAACCUGUACAGGGGAUUGGACCAUACAGUGUGAGUAAAACUGCCAUAAUAGCAUUGACCAAAGUUUUUGCCAACGAGCUUGCUCCUCUCAAUAUCCGAGUCAACUGUAUAGCUCCUGGACUGAUUCGGACUUUAUUCGCUAAACAUAUGUUUGAAAAUAAAACUCUUCACGACUCUAUUUUGUCUGCAAUCCCAAUGGGAAGAAUGGGCGAGACAAAUGAUUUAGAAGGCGUUGCUGCUUUUUUAUGCUCAGAUGAUGCGAAAUACAUUACAGGAGAAACGAUUGCUGUUGCUGGUGGAGCGCAUUCUAGACUAUAGAUUUUGGCACUGUAGAUGCUGCAGUUGGUUGAAUUAAGAUUUAAUGAAAACUUAUCAUUUGAAUGGAGAUAUUCAUUACCUAAGUACAAGUUUUGAAAUGUAA